CAGCCGCAGCAGCUGGAUCAGGGCGGAAUGAGAGCAGUCUGUUCCCGCUGGCCGGCUGCGCGUCCUGUGCGCCUGACAUGAGCGCGUUGUGCGAGAGUUACCACUCCAGGGAAAAGGUGUUCGUGGACAGCUUCACGUGUCCGAAGGCGGGGGGCGAGUCCACGGCGGUGUUCUGCUGCGGCUUCAGUGACUUGAAGUACUGCUGUGAUGACCCGAACAGCUUCUUCCCCUACGAGUAUGGAUACAUGUGGUGGCUGAGCCUCGGAGCUCUUGUGGGUCUCUCCGUUGCAGCUGUGGUCCUGCUUGCUUUCGUCAUCACUCUGUGCGUCCUCUGCUACCUGUUUGUCACCACCAAACCCAGAGGUCUGGACAGCGGACUGCCCCUUGGAGCACCAGACGCCAUCAUCAGUCAACAAGGAGCCGGAGCCAGCCACAGCAGCGCCCCUGCUGGCCCACAAGGCCUCAGGAAACACUUUGUGAGAGGCAAGCUAGACUGUGACAACCAGCAGCCAGACCCCGACCGCCUUUUCCAGCGCUGCUUCAUGGCCACUGUCACAUCCAUCAACGUGGAGAACCCUACAUAGGACGACACGUUUUUCAAAAUUUUGGAUUUGUGUUAAUGUCUCUUUCUUCUCUGCCCCUAUAGUUUAAUCUGAGUUGUUGUUUGUAUUUUAUCAACAAAUACAUUAUCAUUAUUUAAUUCAACAGAACCAAACUGCAAGUGCAAAAACUUUAUUGUGGCCCCCAUAUGUGGAAAAACCUGAAUUUCAAGUCAGAUUUUUGACAGGUAACAUUUGAUAUUUGAGCUUUAGUUUUAUAGCUGUUUAAUUAGUUAACAUUGAAGUGUUUCUAUUGUAUCUGCCUUGAUAAAAAAAAAGGAAGCUAUUCUGUCCAUAACAAUGAACAAAAAUAAUUUAAAGUUCGAUGGAGCUUUUUUCUUGUUUAACAACUCAGUUUGUCAGAACUAAACAGGCGGAUGGAAAGCUUUUCUAAUAGGAGAAAAGUGAAAACUUGCCUUUCUAGGAUUGCUGUUUUUAAAACCAGUGUGUUUGCUCUUAUUUGGGUGUAUGAUUUACUUCAUGUUCUUAAUUAUUUGUACUUUUAUUUAGAAAAACCAAUGUGAGCAGUGAAGGCUGUUUAUCACCACCUACCCUGUAAUUUUACAUAUUCUGCUCUAGAAAUCCAGAUUCAUUUCCCUAAAAGCUGUCAGUAUUCUUUGAGAUCUGAAUAGAUUUUAUAACCACAGUCCAUUAGCACAUCAUGCUCGUCUUUUCUCUUGCAUCAUUUACACAAGCGCGCAUAUUUAGCUCAACAGCACCAACAUUAACACCAUUCUAAUGUUGUGUGUAUUUUUAGUUCUAUUGUUAAGGAUUCAGGGAUGAUAGUGUUUGUCUGUAUAACCCUGGUAUCAAAGGAGGAAAACCUUUACAACCUGAAGAUGUCAAAAUUUGUUUUUUGGUCAUAUUGGGAUACAUUUAUGGGGAAAAUGAGGAUUGAAAGCACAUAUUUUGAUGAUUAAAGUGCCUAAUAUCUUUAAAGCUCUAGAAAAAACACAACAUGCAGUUUGUUAGGGCACCUUGGGUUUCAAAAGUACACACAUAAAGGUUAAGCACACAAUAGCUUGGUGGAAUGAAAUAAGUGAAACAAUAUUUGACUGUUGUGAGGAUUAUUAAUAUCAGAUCAAAUAAGUAAUAGGUGGCAGCACCUCCACCUUGGAUACAGGUGAUGAUGUUAUCAGAGUGUUGUCAUGCAGCCAUUCUAUCCUACACUAUGUUGGCACAUCUGUUGUAACCGUGUGCCAGAUUAUCACCAACUCUAAUCUAACUAGUCAAUUUCUAUGCAUUCCUCAGUGGAACGAUACCGUUCUCUCUUUUAACAAUAUUGGCGGGACUGAUCCUCUUUUCCAUCUUUGCAGAUUGCAUUCACAGCUGGAAAAUCCAACUUUUUCACGGCAGUCUGAACAGCCCAUUUCUGAUGUUUUCACCCUCUUAAAAAAUCUGUGUAUGUAUUACAUAUAGAACACAAAUAGAACACAGAUACACUAUGAAAAUACGCAUCCAUAUUUUCAGAAUAGGUAUAUUCAUAACAGUUUAAGCAGCCUAAACUGUUAUGUUUUUAAUCCCACUUUUGCAUCAUUAACCUGAGGCAUUCUGAAGAAGCCAGAUGCUGUAAAUCCGCACCUAAGCAAUGUUUAAAUUUAUGUCUACACGUACGUGUAUCGAGUUUUCGCAAGUGUUUCUGCUCUAGUCAGUCAAACUUUUAUUUCAAAACAGAAAGUAAAUAAAUUAUUCAGUUUUAAUAGAUAUGUAGUUUAAUGAUAUGUGGUAAAGACCCUCCCUUAUGGGUCUUUGUUAAAUGUUAAGCAUUUGUCACUCUCUCAGCUCAGACUGUAAGUGCCAAGCAGACCAUUUUUUCUUCUGCUAAUAUAGAAGUGGUUGCUGAAAAGUGAAGGAAAAAAAUGAAGCAAAAAUUCCAUUGCCAAUACUUAGAAGCAUUAGUAAUCCUGCUGAAAAGUUCUGCUGAGAAAGCCCACAUACAAACUCCAAUCAUGCCCAUAAUGGACCUGUCCCAGUUCUAAAUGUGGACUUAAUCAGAAUUCGACGUAUGAGUAUCAUUUGAGUGUCUUCACUGCUCACAGACGCUUCACCAAGGAUAUUAUAAAAUAGGGUAAGCACAUUUCAGCAAACUGAUUUAAUCUGGGCCCUCAAAAAUAAUAAAUUGAGCAACACAGAAUUGCAGGGAUUUGAUCCUUUUGAACUGGCUGUUUUCCCAAACAUUACCAGUUCACAUCAUUCAUACAAAUGGGGCUCUUUAUAGAUAGACCAGUGGCAGCUGUCUAAGAUUGAACUCACGCUGAGGGAAAUGUAAGUAUUAAAUGUUAUUAUGGCUGCUAAAUAUUUAUCUGUGUGGCGUCUUGUUGUAUAAGCUUAUCACUGUUGCUUUUGUUCAGAUAGGAGAAUGUUUUUCGCGCCUUUUUAAACCUGAAUGUACAUUCACAUUGUAGUUUUUGGCUGUUGAAUCAAGCAUAGAAAACUACUCACCAAUAGAAGAAUAUGAUGGAAUGAAGUUAAGUGCCUCAAUGCGUUCUCUAAAUCUCUUCGCUGUGGAUGCACAAGGUUUUCAGUUAUGUUCACUCAUGGCUGAAAACCAAGAUUUGGUUCUUUGUCGUUGGCUUUUUGACCAAAGAAUGUCAGGCGUCUAUUUCAGAUCUCAGGAACUUGUGUCAAGACCUAAAAAUAAGCAGAAAAUGUCUCCUGAACUUUGGCGAUUGUCUGUUUUUAGCAGCAUAGAAGAAGAAAUGGAGUCUUGACAAAAGUUCAGUCUGGAAGACUCUUUUAAACAAACAUUGUAAGUAGUAAUUAUUACAGUUUUAGUAGCAGGUAAGUUCUGCUUUAAUUAGCAAUUUAUAGCACCAUUUAGUUCCUUCGUCUUACCAUUCUCCUCCUUUCUACUUUAAUUUCAUACCCAUUAACACACCAUUUCAGACAGGUAAUAUCAAAAUGGGAAUUACCUGUCCAUUUUUGGACAGGUAAUGUCCAUUUGGAAUACACAAAUAUAAUAUUUGUGUAUUCCAUAAAAAUACACAAACCUCACAUACUCUUAUUUUCCCGUUAUUUUCUGAAAACAUUGUAUAAACACUUUUUCCAUUCAUUUUGGUUCUGAACCACGGUCUCACCCCAUAUAAGAUAUACAGAACUCUAGGCAACCUCACAGAACCACAUUUCCUCCCAGAAUACUUUUUUGGUAACACUUUAUUUGAAGGGGUGUGCAUAAGACUGACAUAGACUGACAUCACAUUGUCAUAAAUAUG